AUGAAACGUAAAUUAAGUGACCAAACAAAUGAAUUGGCUCCUUUGAUUUCAAAGCCAUCAACUAAAUCAAUAAAUGAUUUUAAAAUAAAAUCAACAACAACAACAAUAUCAUCAAAUAGUAUACUUUCUAUUCGCCGUUCACAUCUUCCAUUGAUGAAUGCUGGUAAUGGAUUUUAUUCUACUUCAUCACCAUCACCGAAACUUCCAGCAGCAGAUGAAUAUCAACGAAAAAAACGAACCGAUCGAGCACUUAAUGGUCUUGGUUUUAUUAAUCCAGGUCCAAAGAAUUUAGUUAAUGUAGCUAAUGUUCCAUCAAGACGUACAAAAACUCGACAACCAACUACACAAGAAAAACCCAGUGCAAAUAAACCAUUAUAUGAUGAAUCAGGUCUUCUUAUAUGUGAUCAAACAGAUCGAUGUGAUUGUAAUCGUUUAAAAUGUCCCGGAUGUUUUAUAUCUUGUACAAAUUGUCAAUCACCAAAAUGUGGUCUUGAAUGUCGAAACAAUCGAACUUAUUGUUAUGAAUAUCGUUUAUACGGUACUAAUAAAGAUAUAAUUCAACAAUAA